AUGAUCUCCGAAAAGACCGACGAUCAGAUCCAGCCCUCGCAUGGCGCCGGAUAUCGCGGGGCCUACGUGGACGACGACCUCCCCGCGUUGAAGGAGGAUGUGCAGCUGAACGUGGGCGGCCGCGGUGCCACGCAGCGCCGCCUGAAGAACUACCAGGUCAACAUGAUCGGGUUCUGCGGUGGUAUUGGCACGGGUUUGUUCGUGGGAACGGGCGCUGCCUACGCCACCGCAGGACCGGCCGGUCUGUUGCUGGCGUAUCUGGUGGUGGGUUUGGUGUUGUGGUGCGUCAUGCAGAGCAUCGCCGAGCUGGCGACGUUGCUGCCCACCGCAGGCUCGUUUCCUCACUGGGCCACUCGAUUUAUUGACCCGGCUGUCGGCUUCUCCCUGGCAAUCUCCUAUGGCUACUGUUAUACGAUCGCGAUCGCCUCCGAAGUGUCGGCCGCCGCCGUCAUCGUGUCCUUCUGGACGGACCUGACGCCCGCCGUGGUGAUCACCGUCGGCCUGGUCUUGAUUCUGGCGAUUAACCUGAUGAGCGUGCGCUUCUACGGCGAGACCGAGGUCGUUGCGGGUGCCAUCAAGAUCCUUUGUUUCCUCGGUCUGGUAAUUGUGUCCAUCGUCAUCACGUCUGGCGGUGGUCCCAACCACGAGACGAUCGGGUUCCGGUACUGGCACAACCCGGGGCCCUGGACGAAUUACAACGGCAUCACGGGCCCCAAGGGUCAUUUCCUCGGCUUCCUCUCGUCGUUUGUCAACGCCUCGUUCAGUUUCGUCGGCGUCGAGACGGUCGUCAUCACCGCCGCCGAAUCUGUCGAUCCGCACUAUGCCAUUCCCAAGGCCGCUCGUCGCGUCACCUUCCGCAUCGCCUUCUUCUACGUCCUGGGCGCGCUGCUCAUCGGCAUGAUCGUGGAUCCUCGCAACGCGGCCCUCGUGUCGGGCUCCGACAAUGCCAACAGUGCUCCGUGGGUUAUUGCCAUCCGACAGGCGGGCAUCAGCGCCCUGCCUUCCAUUGUGAAUGCCUGCAUUCUCGUCUCCGCCUGGUCCGCCGGAAAUUCGUACUGUUGGGUCGGAUCGCGCAUGAUUCUCGCCAUGACGACGGAUCGUCAACUCCCGCAGGUCUUUGGCAAGGUCACCAAGAACGGCGUGCCCUAUGUGGCAGUCAUCGCAUCCUGGUUGUUCGGGCCGCUGGCCUAUCUGAGUCUCGGUUCGGGUGGCGCCUCGCAAGCCUUCACCUGGCUGCUCAAUCUUAGCACCGUCGCCGGCUUGAUCGCAUGGGCGACGCUCUGCUUCUGUUACAUCCGGUUUUACGCCGGGCUCAAGGCGCAGGGUAUCAGCCGCACCACGCUACCCUGGAUGGCUCCGCUGCAGCCAUAUGCCGCCUGGGUCGGAUUCAUUGGAUCGACGAUUAUCACCCUCGUCGCUGGCUUCCCGGUGUUCCUGAAAGGGAACUGGAACACGUCCGACUUUGUCGCUUCCUACAUCGGCAUUCCCAUCUUCAUCGUGCCCAUUCUGGGCUGGAAACUCGUCCAUAAAACCAAGUUCGUCCGCGCCUCCAACAUCGAUUUAUGGUCUGGUCGUCUGCAGGAAGGCGAAAUUAUCGAGCACACCAGCCCGCCGACCAGCGCGUUGGGACGCUUCGUGAACUGGCUCUUCUGA